CGCGACACAAUCAGCUACGAACGACACAUGUAUACGCAGCGCGCGUGACAAAGCGUGUGACAGAGCGCAUCACGUUGUGAAGGUUGCGAUGUGAAGGUCACCACGUCUGGUCACUAUACAACUAAUGCCAUGGAUCGUCAGCGCGUCACAAACCUUUCGUCGCCUGCAUUGCCGCGACACCAAGUCGGUCAUUGCUUGGACACCGAGUCCAAGAAAAGACAAGGCGUUUAGCAGCGGACAGCAAUAAGUGAAAGAGACGUCUUGGGGAUUACGCUAGAUAGACCAACUGUGGAAUCAGGAGAUCAAGCGAUACUUUACGAAAUUCGUAGGAAGUGACACUAUUGACUGCAUACACAGAGUGCUCGUACACACGUAGACUGAAAAUGCGCACACUCGUGCUACUGGCGACCACCAUUCUGGUGCUUGUGGACGACACUUCCCAUGCCUCAUCAGUCAUUGGGCAAAUACGGACAGCUUAUGGUGAAGCAGAGAGCCAAUCUGACCUGCAGCUACUGUCUGCCUAUGCUAAAGGACCACGAGACACUACUGAUCAUGAGGACGCACGCACGAGGGGUCCACUCACAGAAUCGAACUUUCUUGGCAAUCAACAGCUAAGCAAUAAGCACAGAGGAUACGCAAGACUACAAGAAGCAUUGCUCCCGGUAGCAACUCCAGUAGAGACUCUUCCACCUGCCACACAACCUGUUAUAACAUUACUUCCGAUAACAACAGUAGCAGCAACAACAUCUCAACGAUCAACCGAAACGCACACAAAUGCAGCACAAGUUGUCAACCCGCUUGAGUAUAACAUACUCGUUCAACAAAAGCCAAGUUUCAAACAAAGAGGUUACACCCACCUCCACACAGACGUACCACUAACAUCAACAACAGCACCACCACCGCCCCUAACAACAACAGCAGCAGCACUAAAUGACGGAGAUUCAUUGAAUUACCACAUACUUGUCAACCAGCAACCAAGUUUCAAACAUCGGGGCUACACCCACCCUAACCUACCAAUACCAAGAUCAAAACCAAUAGCACUAGCAACAACAGCACCAUCAACAACAAUACAUCCGACAGAUUUACCAACAUCACCACCAACAGUUUCAGUACCACUUACCGAUAGAAAUCCAUCGAAUUACAACAUACUCGUCAAUCAAAAACCAAGUUUCAAGCAUAGGGGCUACACCCACCUUCACACAUAUGUACCACUAACAGUAACAACUAAAACAACAGUGGGACCACCACUUCAGACAACAGCAGCAUCACCACAACCAAAUGAUAAAAAUCCAUUAAAUUACAACAGACUUGUGAAUCAGAAACCAAGUUUCAAGCAUAGGGGCUACACCCACCCCCACCCACGUCCAGCACCUUUACCGAAAACAGCACCACCACAAUCAACGACAGCUGUUUUGGAAAGUACAACAAGUCCAGCACCACAGUUGAAAAGUCCAUCUGAGCCCAACAGCCUCCGUCUACAGCGACCCAGCUUCAAGCACAGAGGUUAUUCACACUUAUAGACUUAAUAGACUUACACAGCAAACAAUGCCAGCAUCCAUGCAGUCUGACACAACGGUCAACCCUGGGACACACGCGCUUGAGAAGUAACGUUACAAUCGUUGCAUGCCAUGUUACAUCUACUACAUGCUUUGGUUAUCACACAUUUCUAGAUAUAUAAAUGUUUUUAUAAUAUGUCAUGUCGUAUAGCAUAGAAUGUUUUUCUGUCAUUACUAGCACAUCUAGAAUUAAGUAGGAUAAUGCAAGUAGUAUGUAUAAGCAGUUAGUUUUAUGGCAAAUACAUACAGAGUUAUGUUGAAUAUACAUUAAAAAAUAUGUAAUAUAUAUCGUACACAGUAUAUAUAUAUAUGUAUAAUAAAAAAUAUUGCACAUAUGAAACGAUUUGCUAUGAUUU